AUGAGUGGCUGCAGACUCUCAGGUGUUGUUUAUAAGACAAAUACAACAGUAAAGGACCCAAACAUCUGCUCUACUGUAACCUGUGAUGUGAGUGGAGUUGCUACUGCUGUCAGUGACUGUGGUCCUAUGGAGCGUUGCCAAGGCAAUGGCAGUUGCAUCUUAAACACUGUGUGCACUGUGGCCGGCUCCAUCGUCAUCGAUUUCAUUGGUAGAGUUCACUCUGUUUCUGAUCGCUGUGGAUACACUCUCCUGAAACCUUCGCUCAUCCCAGGGUUCCAGGUGUUUGGGGUUUUCCAGGAAAGACGCCGUAGAGAUGUUAGCUUUGUGGACCGCGUGAUACUGCAGCUGGAUGGAAAAGGCCUUCAGAUUUCUCUGGAACAAGGCAGGAGAGUUCAGCUGAACAACACAGUACUGACACUCACUGCCACAGCUCAGGUGGUCCAUGGUGUGGAGCUCUCCAAGGACCGGACAGGGGUGACUGCUAAGAUAUCGGCCUCCAACUACACAGUUUCUGUCCACUUUGAUAGCGACACCGCACUAAUCCACAUGACAAGUGUAGGGUUGGCUGAGCCACGGUGUCAAAUUCAUCCCAACUCAACAGAUGCUGGGGACAAAGAUGUCAUUGAGGCAAACAACAGCCAAAUCAUCUACAAGAACACCAUCAUGACACAGAACAUCUCCAUGCUUGGCCCAAUCACCCGUCAUGGCCCAGUGCAUAUAGACUUCUCCUGUUAUUACAGCCAUCCGGAUGUCAAGAGUUUGGGCAUCAAACUCAAACACAGCUCUGUGAACAGGGAGAUUGCUUCUGGAGAAUAUAUUUAUAAUCUGACCAUGAAGGCCUACACCAGCGCUGACCGCCUCAAAGCCAUCAAGUCCAGCACCGACAUCAAACUGAAUGAACAGCUCUGGGUGGAACUGAAGACGGACGGGCUGGAUGAAAAAAUGGUCGCCGUGGUGACAGCCCCCUGCUGGGCAACCAAUCAACCUUCGCCAACUGGAAGUCUGAGAUAUGAUCUGAUCAUAAACGGCUGCCCGAACCCGACUGAUGAGACGGUGAAGAUGGAGGAAAACGGACUGGGAACGUCCAAAUACUUCUCUUUCAACAUGUUCCAGUUCACUGGCAAGACUGGUGACGUCUACUUGCACUGCAAAGUAGUGCUGUGUUUCCGGCAAGGAAAUACCUGCACCCCAAGCUGCAGCCAGGGUGAGAGAAGGCGCAGAUCUACCAUGCCAAACUAUGAGGAUAAAUACCCGGCAUUCAUCACUAUGGCCUGGACUUCUUAG